UAUCAACUAAAUUAAGACAAGCUUUUGAAAAUUUUCGUAGCACUUAUAAUGAAGAUAUAGCCAAGUUGGCAAAUCAGUUAAUUCGAAAAAAAGCUUUUAAAAAUCACCAACCAGCAAUGAAAUCAUUAGAAACUUUUGUUUCUAAAAGUCUUAAAAUUCAUAUAGGGUAUUUAAUAGCAGAAUCUGAAGGAAAAAAUCCCGAUUAUAAUUCUAUGGUCCUUAAUCGUAUCAAAGCAUUAGAUAGCAUUACAAUUGAUACUACAUUUCCAGCUGCAA